AUGCUUGUUUUUGGAAAUGUAAAUGCCAAGGCUAUAGGUGUACAUCAUGUGGAGGGAAUUGAGUUGCUUACGUCCUCAGAGUUGGAGGCAGUCAAUGGGACAGAUGUAAGGCUCAAAUGUACAUUUAAAUCUACACAUUCUCUCUCCGAAGAAAGAGUCUCUGUAUCCUGGAGCUUCCGACCACUCGGAAAGACGACAGAAGAAUCGAUUUUUCACUACCAAAAUAGUGCAUUUCCCCCGAAAACAGGCAUGUUUAAGGGUCAUGCUGUAUGGUCUGGUGAUAUAAUGAAGGGUGAUGCAUCCAUCACGCUGCAGAAUGUGCAGCUCAGAUUUAAUGGUACCUACAGCUGCCAAGUCAAAAAUCCACCCGACAUCCAGGGAUUUGUAGGCGAGAUCAGCCUCAGAGUCAUUGAAAAAGUUUCAUUCUCUGAAAUUGGAAUUCUGGCAAUAGCUGUGGGUGGAUUCAUUGGCGUUGUUCUCCUGAUCCUCAUCAUUUAUAUUGUUGUGCGGGUGUUCCGGAGACAGGACGAUGAUAUGGUUGUUGAGAUGGAGAACCACAAAUCAAAGGAUCAGGUGCUGUGAGAGAGGAUGCCUGACUCAGUUAGUUUUCUGUCUGGACUAACCCAUCUUUAACUACUAGUGAUAACAUAUUUCAACACAGGAUUUUCUAAUUAUAUGAAAUAAUAUCUAACUUUACAGAGAUAUGUUUUUAGUUAUCAUAACCUUUUUUUAUUUUUGACUUAUGUAUGAAAACUUAAGGUGAGUUAAAAUUUCAUAUAUAAAGUGAUAUCAUCCAUCUUUUGUAUUCUUAAAAAGAUGAGAGAUAUGAAGGGUUUAUAUGUGUUUAAACUCUGACUUCAUUGACUGUUGCUGCCAAUAAGUAUUAUUGAGAAUUUUUGUCAUUCUUCAUUCUGUGUUUGUCUUUUGCACUACUUUACAGCAGUUUCCGUCACAUACAGUAAACCUGUGCAGCAAAAAAAAACAAAAAAAAAAAACUUUCCAUUUAAAGGAGCAAUAUAAAUUCUAAAACCAGUAACAAAUUUUGUAAAUAAAGGUAGAAUGGAUGAAUCAAAGAGAGACUUCAUGAAAAA